AUGUCAAAUACGUAUGGAACAUUGAAUGAAGAUAAUUCUCUGCACAGACAUUCGAGGGAUGGUGAAGAAAGUCCCAUCAUUGGGCCUCUACGAAUCCGUAAAGGAAAUGAAAUUCAUCAUCGAAAAAAUAAGUCAUCCAUUACGGCCUCUCAGAGAAGCCUAAAUUCGAUAGAGUCAUCAAAUUCAGGCGCCCAAGAAAUAAACAAGCUACAUCGGCCCGAUGAUCUCAGCAUGUAUUCAUUCGAAGGAUCGGACGGUAAACUUCAAAGUUCCAGACAGCUAGGGAAUCAAGAUCACGAGGGGCCAACAGAUACCGUACAGAAAUUUUCGUCUCGUGCCAACGAUGUCGCCCUAAACCUAUCGCCUGAUCUCGAGAAAAAAAGUCUCAAUCUAGCAACAAGACGAGGAUCCAGAGUAUUACCGAUAACUGAACAGUCCGGCUCAAAAAGAUUUGACCAUGAAGUUCUUCCAGCCAAGCAGUUUAGCAGAGAUACCAAACAUCUCAACCAAAAAUACAAGUAUCCUGAACUUAGCAAACCUCGUCAGACUCCUUUAGAGCGUCUCAACCCUACCAACAGCCCCAAUCAUACAACUGCGACGACAAAGGGAAUGAAGCGAUUUUCAUCCGCAGCUUCUAUCUCGACAACACGCGCCUCGAGAGGAUCGCCGCCUCCACCAGAAACACCGAUGACAGACUCGUACGAGCUAUCAUCCCCCAAAAAUCUGCAAGGAUGGUCGGGAUCUAUUACCCGUGAUAGGUCGCAAACUAUGACUACGGCGCAAAGCUUAAAUUACACACCGGCAAAAUUUACCCAAGUCCCUAAACCUAUGGAUUCUGUCUCUGCUCAGAUUGGCGAUACUAGACCAUGGACGCCGACGGAAUCGGAGAAUAGUAAACUCCAUAGUUCUCAGACUGUGUAUCAGGGAUCUAGCCGUUUCGCGCGUUCUCAGUCAUCUAAAGAAGGUGGAAGAUCACAGUUACUUGAGCAAGAGUUGCAGCAAAUGCAUCUAUCAUAUUCUCCACCACCGGCAUACUCCAGUGUCUCUUUGAGAGCUAGUGAAAAUAUGCAACAAAUUUCUUGUAAUGAAAAACGAAUUAGACCUCCAGCUACAACCCAUGUAGUCCCCAAGCCCAGUAUCAUAUCUCCUCCCAACACCCCUGGAAUACAGUAUCCAGGCCAUCCUGCCUUUUCUAAUGAUGCACGGCGAGAGAAUUUAAAUUUGCGGUCAGCUGCACAAAUGAUUCCAGCUCAAAAGCUCCAAAAUGCGCAGCCAUCGCAAGAUGCUGGACCGAGUUCCCCGCCUCCCUUGCCAGAGGGAUGGAUCUCGCACCUAGAUCAAAACUCAGGGCAUUAUUACUAUAUACAUCUGCCGACGCGAGCAACACAGUGGGAGUUCCCUAAAGGCCCAACUCCGCUUAACCAUGACGUACCUCCAUUCCCUCCAAAUCUAUCCACGUACGGCAACCCCCUUUCAUCUCCUCGGCUUGGUACAUUUAUUAAAACUCCUCUUGCAUCUCCUGGAUUUUCUCCUUGUACCCCAGGCUAUACUGACAGUACCAUGAGUGUUGGCUCCCACAAUUCCAUGAUGGCUGGAUAUUCAGGACCCCCACCAAGUUCUGGAGUUGAUAUGUAUAAAAUAGCGCCAACAAAUGGUGUUUAUUUUGGGCCAUACCUUAGAUAUAUAAAUAUGAACAUUGAAAGAGGUAUUUGGCUCGGAUCAAUUAUGCUUGUGACAGAUGCAGGACAGCCUCCAACAAUUCAUAUCCAUCAGAGUGUUGAUUUAUCUCCGAAUCCACGGCAACUUGUUCCAAAUCCUAUUUCGACACAUCAAAGAUGGACAUUUUAUCGAUAUGAUGUGGAUCUUCAAAUGAGCGAUAGUGUAACUAGUCAGUGGACUUAUGCCGUUACAUCUCAUCUUGGAUGUUCGCGUUUUGAGUUUGUCAUAGCAGGUCGUCAGGAGAAAAGAUGGAGGUUCAUUGCUCAAUCUGGCAAUGAUUUUGCGAUAAAUACUAGUGUGAAUGAGCGUUCAAAGCUGGGUGGCACUGAUCUCAUGUGGAAAGAUGUGUUGCAAAAAAAUAAGGACUGUGGUGGGUUCCAUGUUCAGCUAGGCCUUGGUGACCAAAUAUAUGGAGAUAGGUUGUGGAAAGAGAUUCCUUUGCUAAAGCAAUGGCUUGCUAUAAGCGGCAAAGAAAAUAGGAAGGGUGCUGCUUGGACUGCGCGGCAUGAAGAAGAUGUCCUUCACGCCUACUUCCACUAUUACACCAGUCAUUUUGACCAACCCUACCUCCGGGAAGCAUUUGCUCAAAUCCCUCACAUGAUUCAAAUAGACGACCAUGACAUCUUUGACGGCUUCGGAUCUUACCCCGAAUCCAUGCAAUUAUCCAACAUUUUCAAAAACAUUGGUCGUAUUGGACUCGAAACAUACCUAUUGUUUCAACACCACACUACACUAAAUACUCUCAGGAAAAACCAAAACGAUUUAGACCUCUUCACUAUUACUGGUUCUAGUUGGCACUUUUUACGAUACCUCGGCCCUGCAGUUGUUGUUGUAGGGCUUGACUGUCGCUCUGAACGUAACCAACGUCAGAUUCUCGCUGGCUCUACGUAUCAAGGUAUUUUCCCCAGAAUCAUGAGCUUGCCACCUAGUGUGCAGCAUUGCAUUUGGAUGAUAUCCAAGCCAAUCAUCUUUCCACGGCUUGAUACAGUAGAAAGCAUAGCACAUACAAUUACAACAGCCAAAAAAGGUGUGACAGGAACUUACAACUUACUUGGGAAGAUGACAAGCUCAGUAGCUGGAGUCGUUGGCGGUAAACAAGCAGUUGCAUCUGGGUUUUCACAAGUCAAGAGGGCUGUUGGCAAGUCUGGACUGAUGGGUGGUGUACUGAAUGCAUUUGGUGAUAUUGAUCUUGCAGAUGAGCUUCGCGAUAUGUGGACUCAUGAAUCAAAAGACUUAGAAAGGACGUACAUGAUUCGGACAUUGCAAGGAAUUUCUCUCCAAAAGGGGAUUCGAAUGACAUUUGUCUCUGGAGAUGUGGGUUGUAGUGGUGCAGGACUAGUGCAUGAUCCUUCUCAUCCGGGCGACUAUAAGACCAUGUACCAAGUUAUAGCAUCACCGAUAAUUGCUGCGCCUGCUCCGAAUGUCUUGCUCAAGAUGUUACAUAACAAUAAGACCCUUUACGUACCAGUAAAUGGACAAAAGACUUCUAAUGCUGUUUCCGACACGAAAGAGGAUAUGAUGGAAAUUUUUCAAUCUGAUACAAAUGGUGUGGCUCGUGAUAUGAAGAAGUUAAUGGGUCGCCGAAAUUAUGUUACUUUUACAGUAUAUAGUCCCAUGGAUUUUGUCCCUACAAAUCAGAUAGCUACCACACCUCAUGGAUCGCAGAAAAAAGUUAUAGAGAGGUUAUGUUUAGCAAUUGAUUUUGUUGUGCAAGAUGAUGGAAACUAUGUUGCGCCGACAAAAUAUGGACCUGUAAUUAUACCAAAUUUGGAAUAG